AUGGUGCUCUCCUCUGCCUUUAGCUGCGUGGACCCCGCCCUGGUUGACGACCCAGAGGACGAGAGCUUCUCAGAUUGCUCGUCGAGUGGUGGCAAGGGGGCACCCCUCAGGAGCUCGCGGUCUGAGCCAAUCCCUCGCUCGGCCGAUCAGGAGGAUGUGUGCUGGAUCUGCCUGGACCCAGCCGGCGCGCACGGCACCCUUGAGCGCCCCUGCGCCUGCCCCCGCAGCGUGCACGCAAUGUGCCUGGCGCGCUGGCAGCUGCACUCAGCUGGGAGAGAUGAGGAGCGGGUCUGCCGCUUCUGCCACACCGAGCUGCGGGAUUGGAAGCCCGUCAUGACUCAGGCGACGGGCGCCAAGGUCGUGACACCUUACAUGCGCGUGUCUUUUGGCGGCAAGACGUACAAGGUACAGGUGCAGCCUGGCCCGGAGGGCGCGGCCGCGUUUGAGCGCCAGAUCCGCAGCCUUCUGCAGCUCCCUGAGGGCCUGGAGUUCGACGUCAUCUUUCAUUGCAGGGCGCCCGGCACAGGCGACAAGCUGCAGCUGCAGGGCCUCAACGCCUUUGACGCCGCGGUGCACUGCGCCUCCCUCAGCAACAAGACCCCCUCCAGCAGCCAAGCCGCCGCCGCCGGCGACCGCAAGGCACCCAGGAAAGCCGCGGGCGCCUUCGGCCGGCUGCUCGCCGCCCUCGGCUGCCGCACCGGCGCGGACGACGCGCAGCCCGGCGCGGCGUGA